GUGCAAUAUUAGCAGAGUUGAGAGACCAAAAAUCUUCUUUGAAUCCUCUCCUGCUCACACAGGAAUAACACACUCACCAUGGAGGUCCACAUGCGUCCUCUUCUCUAUCUGCUGCUGUGUACAUGUUCUGCCGUUCAGGGAGAGAAUAAAAAGAGUUUCCUAAUCACUGCUCCGAGUGUUUUUCAUGUUGGUGUGAAAGAACCCAUAUGGAUUCAGGUGGGGGAGGCAUUGCUUGGCAAGCCCGUGUCCUGUCAGUUAGAAACAGAGAUGCGUGUUCCCAUGACCACAAAGGAGACCAAAACAAUCACCCAAAAGGGACAGUUUGAAGCAGUGAAUCUUGAGAUAUUUGAAAGUAAAAGUUCAGACCUGAAAUCGAUCAACGGAGAGCCUCCCUAUCUCAACCUGGCCUGUGAAGUUGAUGGUCAGAAACGGCAGACCCGUGUCCUGGUCUCCAAACACAGUGGCUACAUCUUUAUUCAGACGAACCAACCUGUAUACAACCCCACACAGAAAGUUUCGUUCAGGAUUUUCACUUUCGACCACUCCAUGCGACCAAAAUCGGAAAUAGUGUUUGUCCAUAUAUACAAUGCUGAAGGGAACAAGAUUAAGAAAUCAUCAUACAAAGUUUUAGGCGCCGUUCUGUCAAAGGACUACCACAUCCCUGAUAUCGCAAAACCUGGUGUAUGGAAGAUUAUAGCACACUACAAAGGUGAUGAGAAAAAUGCUGCGGUGCGUGAAUUCAAGGUCCAGAAAUUUGUUCUUCCCAGCUUUGAGGUUUCUAUUCAUUCAGAGAAAACAUUUCUGCUUGUGAAUGACGAGACAUAUAUAUUCACCAUUAAAGCCUCGUACGCAUAUGGCAAAACCAUUCAUGGUGGUUUCCACUGUCGGUUUGGGAUAAAAAAGGAUGAGUCAGAGAAUAAUCCUGGAGAAAUUGAAUUCAUCAAGGGACUGGAGCAAACUGGAUCUGUGAAAGCAGGCAAAGCCGAGAUUACAGUUAAAAUUUCAGAUCUCAGUCAAAAACUGAAUUCAUCAUUAGAAGAAUUAGCAGCAACUCAGGCCCAAUUCUACAUUGCUGUCUCGGUCACGGAUAUUUUAAGUGGUGAGGUACAGGAAUCAGAAGCUUUCCUUCCCAUUGUUUUGAGCCAGUACAAUGUGGAUCUGUCGCGGACAAGAUCGUUCUACACGCCUAAAUUCCCCUUUGAAGUUGUGGUCACAGUCCGUUACCCAAAUGGUUCCCCAGCUAACGGUGUUCAAGUGAACCUACAUGUCCCAAGCACAACAGAAAAGCAUAAAGAUGUUAAAACUAAUAAAGAUGGAGUCGCAUUUCAGAUUUUUAACUUGGAAGGAACACCAUCUUCAGUUUCAGUGCAGGCAACAGUGGAUGAUAUCAAGUCAACAAAAGUAGUGCACCCAAUGAAAUCCUCAACAAACAGUUUCCUGCAUAUCACUGUGACUAAUAAAGUCCUGUCACUAGAAGAGUCUCUAGAUGUUACAUUUUAUAUCGAAGGCAAACCAGAAGAUGGGAAAAUAUAUUAUAUGAUUCUCAGCAGAGGCAUGCUGAGAUCAGCGAGCUCUGUUGCAUCAGGUUCUGAAGUAAAAAUACCCAUCCGUAUCCGUCCAGAGAAUCCGUCCUUCAGAGUGAUCGCCUAUUACUAUGACACAGACGGUGACGUCGUUGCAAACUCAGAAUGGAUAGAUGUAGAAGACAUGUGUGAGGGAAAGCUUGAGAUAAAACUGCACGAAGACCAUAGAUACCAUCCAGAUGAUACCGUCGAGCUCGACAUUGACGUAGGAGAGCAAAAGAAUGCAAAAGUGGCCUUACUAGUUGUGGACAAAGCCAUUUGCCUGGGUGCUCAAAACAAACUCACUCCAAAACAGGUGUUCUCCUCCAUGCAGUCUUAUGAUCUGGGGUGUUCGUAUGGCGGUGGAGAGAACACAGCUGCUGUUUUUAAUGAUGCUGGCCUGGCCUUCAUCUCCCACUCAACCUCGUUCCGUUCAAUGAUGAGAAAAGGUUUCAGCUGCGAGUCUGGUUUUAGACGCAACAAACGUUCUAUAGAUCUUCAAGCAGAAAUGGCUAGAAAAGAAGCUGCAUUUAAGAAAGCAGAACUGCAGAAAUGCUGUCGCCAUGGCUUCACCCUGAUUCCUAUGAAGUUUAGUUGCAAGGAUCGAGCGAAAAGAGUUAGCAAAACAGAAAGCAAAGAAUGCGUGGAAGUCUUCCAAGAGUGCUGUGAAUUUGCAACCAAGCUAAGAGAUAAAAAGAGAAAAGAGGACCAAAGAACAGCAGUGAGUAGAACUGUUAAUUCAAAUGAGGUUGAGGAUUUCUUAGACGUAGGGACAGAUUCAGUUCGCCGAUAUUUCCCUCCAAGCUUUGAGUUUAAGCAGAUUGACGUGAAAGAAAAAGUUAGGCACAAAAUCCAUUUACCACACUCUAUCACCACAUGGGAGAUCCAGUCUCUAAGUUUUUCUUCAUCCCAUGGUUUUUGUGUGGCGGAGCCAAUUGACCUUACUGUAUUUAAAUCAGUGUUUAUUUCCUUGAGGCUGCCCUAUUCGGUUAAACGCUUUGAGCAACUGUCUAUAGUUGCAGUGAUAUUUAAUUAUGGCAAGAUGGAAAGGGAGCUCGUUGUGCGAAUGGGACAAGUGGAAGGUCUUUGUUCACCGGGAUCAGCAUCUUCCUCUUCUGCUGUCCGGAUCAGUCUAAAGUCACAGUCAUCUCAAACUGUGACUUUCCCUGCUGUUCCCAUGAAAAUAGGUGAAAUCCCUAUAACUAUAGAACUUCAUGAAGUCGAAGAAAACGAAGAAAUAAGAGUGGAUACCAUUGAAAAGAUGCUACUGGUCAAGAGUGAAGGGGUGGAAAUGAGAGAAGAGCAGACUUAUUCUAUAAAUCUGGAUGGUAGAAGUGACCGACGCUUGUUUAUUGAUGGAUUGUUCCCAAACAACACUGUUCCUGAAACAGAUGUCAACCUUUUUGUCAAACUAGAAGAAGAAGUAUUUGCCAAGUCCACUGCCGUUCCGUUACUCUCAUCAUCCAAAGUGGAAAAUCUGAUCCGGGCCCCUAAAGGAUGUGGAGAGCAGACUAUGAUCUUUAUGUCUCCUACUGCCUUGUCCAUCCGCUACCUGGACAAAAGUCAGCGCUGGCUGGAACUGGAAGCAGGAUCCAGAGACAAAGCGCUGAAUUUCAUUGAGCAAGCAUAUGAACGGAUUUUAACAUUCAAAAAGCCUGAUGGAUCCUAUGGAGCUUGGCUAAACCAUCCCACAAGCACCUGGUUAACUGCGCUGGUGGUGAAGGUGUUGUCUCUCGUGGCUGAACGACAGAUAGAAACUCUUGAACAGCAAGGAACAACAGAGAAGAUUAUUUCACAGGAGGACAUCCGCCACGCCGUGACAUAUCUGAUAAAAACACAGAGCUCCAGUGGGUCCUUCACCGAUGCUAAUCCAGUCUAUCACAGAGAAAUGCAGGGAGGUAUUGGAGGAGUUGAGCAAGAUGCCUCUUUAACAGCAUUUAUCACGAUAGCUCUUUAUCGUUCCCUACCUUACUUGGAUAAAGAAGAAAUUGAAGUGAAAAAAAGUAUCUCUCUGGCCACCGGCUUCCUUCUUAACCGGGUCGAUGAUCUUAAAAGACCUUACGCGUUAGCCAUUACAGCGUACUGUUUGUCCAUCUGCCUCACUGACCGAACUCAGUCACUGUCCGCCUGGAAGAAACUCAGAAGUCUUGCAAAACCAGCGGAAGAGUGUCUUGUCUGGAAAGAUGAUGACAAUGUGCGACUGCUAAAUGAGGCAAAAACGUCCCGUGUGCCCCCCGGAGUGGCGUUAACAGUAGAGACCACUGCAUACGCUCUACUGACUGCACUCGCACAGAAUGACUUAUUCACAGCAAAUGGCGCCGCAUGCUUCUUGUCUUCACAAGAGAACUAUGAAGGAGGUUUUAAAUCAACACAGGACACUAUUGUGGCUUUGGAAGCUCUAUCGGAAUACGCACUAAGUAUACCUGAAGCCCCCUUCACUAAAAUCAAUGCACAGUUCACCGUUCAAGGGAGGUCUGAGAUGGAAAAGCUGACUUUGGACAAAAACGAAAAAGUGGAAAUAGAAUUAAAGAGACUAGUGGGAAUGGGAAUAGAUGUAACCGUUUUCGGUAAAGGAAAAAUUAAAAUGAAAGUGGCAAAGGCUUAUUAUGCUCACAAGGAAGACUCCAACUGCGCUGACUUGUCAAUAAAGGUGACUGGAGGAAAAGUGGAAUACACAAGUGAUGUACAACAAACUUACAAUUACUACGAGGACUAUGAACAAGAUGAAGAGAGGAAGGAGGAGGAAGCUCCUCGGUCAGCCAUCGAAUGGUUUGAUGCUCGCAGCCGACAAAAAAGAGACACUACACAAAACACACAAGACGAAGUAGUCUAUACAGUGUGUGUCAGUCACACACAGGGAAGAAACCUCUCUGGAAUGGCCAUUGCUGACAUCACUCUACUUAGCGGCUUUGACGCAAUCAGUACAGAUCUAGAAAAGCUAAAAGAUCUGGUGGACAUGUAUAUUUCUCACUAUGAGGUCACACGAGGAAGAGUGCUGUUGUACUUUAAUGAGAUAGAUGAAGGUGAGGCCUGUAUAGCUUUUGGAGCCAAGCAAAGUGUGGCUAUUGGUUUGGUUCAACCAGCUCCUGCGACCUUUUAUGACUACUAUGAGCCAGACAGGAGAUGUUCAGUGCUGUACAGCGCCCCCAAGAGGAGCAAGGCAGUUUCUCUCCUGUGCUCAGAUGAUGUGUGUCAAUGUGCAGAAAGAGGUUGUUUCACAGAAAAGAAAACAAUUGACAUGGGAAUCACCAAGAAGAGAUUCGAUUAUGCUUGUUUCCACACCAGCAUUGACUAUGCAUUUGAAAUCAUUGUGGAUUCAGUUACUGAAGAGAGCAGCUUUAUGUUGUAUUCAGCAACUGUGACUGUGGUCCUCCGACAUUCGGGAGACGAGGCGUGAACGCAGACAGCACGCGGGUGUUUGCCAAGAGAAAGCACUGCAAGGGUGAGCUGAAAGAGGGCAAGACGUACCUCAUCAUGGGCAACGAUGGCCCCACCAAAGACUUAAAUGGAAACAUGCAGUACCUACUGGAUUCAAAAACAUGGAUUGAGGAGAAGCUGCCGCCCUCAACAUGCAGGCGUCAGUCAAUAUGCGUUUCUGCAAGGAAUUGAGAGAUUUUGUGAAAGAGUACCAAGUUAAUGGAUGCAACAUGUAGUCUCAACUGCAAAUUUUGGACAUUUAAUUACUGAACAUCUCACUGCAGAAGAAAAAAAAUCCACGUUUAUUCUGUAUUGUAAACUCGCUCUUCUUUUUAUGCUACCAUUUAUGGGAACCUUUAGUCCGUUUCAAAAUACAUGUGCUUAUAAAACA